GUCAAUCAACAUCAAAUUCAACCUCUGCUACACAACUUACAACAACAGAAAGAAGAAAGCCCAAAUCUGCUCCACAUCUAACUCGCAUUCAUACAUCUAGAUUGUAGUAAUGAUUAUAUAUAUAUAGAAUUGUGUAUGUGUGGUUUCUGGUAUACUGUCGUCUGGUGACGGCUUGUUGGUUUGUUUGAUUUUGUUUUUUUAAUUCUCGACAAUCUUAAAUCGCCCACCAAAGUCAGUUGUUAAGCUCUCACUUUCCGGUUUCUGAUCCUUUAGUGGUCUGUUAGUUCUAAUGUUUGACUCCGCUUGAAGCAACCUCCUCUAUUUCUAAUGGGUUGUUUGUCGCUGUCUUGUGCUCUUCAAGAUCGUCAGCUUCUUCAGCAAGGUGUUUUACCGGAGGAGGGGAACUGGAACUGAAUUUUUUAGGGAAAAAGGAAAAAAUUCAAAUGGGUUUAUUGGGUUUUCAGAUGAUCACCAGGCAAAAUUUGGGUUUUUUGUGUUUUGAAAGAUGGAGAUUAGGGUUUGUCUUCCGGGUUGUUUUCGGAUUAUGGGUUUGGUUCGUGCUUUCCUGGCCGGUGACGGGUGUGAGACCGAUAAGGGAGAGAGCUCGGUCAUGGGGCGAUGAGUGGCUAUUUGUUAGAAAGGAUGAAAAUGAAUUGGGACCAUUUUCUCCGUGGAACAUAACAGGAACUUACCGAGGGAUUUGGAAAUUUCUAGAUUCAACAAACAGCUCCUCCAGGUUUCCAGAUUUCAGGAAGUCAAAUGGUAACUCCAUCAUCGAACUAGUUAGCACGCCAACAAAAAUAACCGGUGUACAUUAUGUUCAGGGUGUAAUUAUUUUCCAUGAUGUGUUUGACAAUGAGCACAAUGUUGGAGGUGCACAAAUCAGGGUAGAAGGCGUGUAUAUAUGGCCCUUUAGACAACUUCGACUUGUGGCUAACAGUGGAAAAGAUGGAGAGUUGAGCCAGGAAGAUGAUUAUAUCUUAUCAAAUCCAUAUCAUUUGCUUGGAGUGUUUUCCUCUCAUGUGUUCCAAGAUUCUCCACGAGAUAAACUAUGGAGAAGAAAAAAUUCGCCAAUUUAUGAGAUGGAAAAGCAUUGAUAUCGAAAUCGCAGCUCAAUUUCACGAGCUGCGUCUACUCAAAAUGAUGGAGAUCAUGAUCGUUAUCACAUUGAAGGACUGAUGGAGAGUCCUGCAGUGGAUGAUGAUGGGGAUUGCUUCUCUCCUUUACUACUAAACACAACGUCUGUCAACAUUGAAGUCUACUAUAACAAAGCAGUGAACUAUACGUUAAUGGUCACCUUUGUCUCUUUCCUUCAAGUUCUUUUGUUAAUUCGCCAAAUGGAGCAUAGCAAUACCCAAUCUGGUGCUGCGAAAGUUUCAAUCAUAAUGGUUGGGCAACAGGCUAUCAUGGAUGCUUAUCUUUGCCUCUUACAUUUGACGGCAGGGAUAUUAGUUGAAUCCUUAUUUAAUGCUUUUGCAACGGCUGCAUUUUUCAAGUUUGUAGUCUUCUCAAUUUUUGAGAUGAGAUAUCUUCUAGCUAUAUGGAAGGCGAGUAGACCGAUGAAUAAUGGCGAGGGUUGGGAAACAAUGAGACGCGAGCUGUCAUUUCUAUAUAGCCGUUUCUAUGGAAUCCUUUUGGGAGGCAUUCUGUUCAUGUACGAGUUUCAUAACUAUCUGCGACCUAUUCUUCUUCUUAUGUACUCAUUCUGGAUACCUCAAAUAAUCACCAACGUCAUUCGUGACUCAAGAAAACCUUUGCAUCCUUAUUACAUCUUAGGGAUGUCUGUUACACGACUUGCAAUCCCAUUGUAUAUAUUUGGAUGCCCUAAUAACUUCAUGCGCAUUGAACCUGACAAUGGUUGGUGUGUCUGUCUGGGUGUAUUUAUCGGACUUCAGGCGUCUAUUCUUCUUCUUCAGCAUUAUCUUGGGUCUCGGUGGUUCAUUCCUCGUCAGAUCUUGCCUGAGAAAUACAGCUACUAUAGAAGGUUUGAUCAGGAUACAGAUCAUGCUACAGAUUGUGUCAUUUGCAUGACAGCCAUCGAUAUCACACAGCGAUCUAAUGAUUGCAUGGUUACACCUUGCGAUCAUUUCUUCCAUUCUGGUUGUUUACAAAGGUGGAUGGAUAUAAAGAUGGAAUGCCCAACUUGCCGGCGGCCACUUCCCCCAGCAUAGAGGAAAUUUUGUAUUUCGUGUUCAUGUCACAUAUCCAUGACCUUGUCCAAGUCAAUUUUGGUUGGUGAAAGAACCCAUCCAUAUUCGGCUUUUGGGUACACCUACAGAGUAUGGCCAGAGAGAGCCUAGGCAAUUUGUAUCUCCUACUGAUGCUGCAAUAGUCUGUAAUCAACACACAUUUUAUCAACUGUAUCAUAUCUAAUUUUAGUGCCAAAGAGAAAUUCUUAUCAAAUGCAAAUUAUAUCUGCCUUCAACCUUUUGA